GAGGGAUUGCCUUUUAAAAUGGUUGAUAGAUUUCAAUGUAUACUGUCAUUGAUGGCCACUUAUUAUACUUUGUAAUUUAAGGACUUCAUGAGACCUUAUAUUAAAUCUGCAGAUUGACCCUUCCUGGAAGAAUUGUAGAGAAUGGGAGUGAACAUGGGUCCUAUGAUGCAGAUAAAGGAAUUUUUACCAUUCAGUUGCCCAAAGAAACUCCUGGCCAGCAUUUUGAGGGGUUGAACAUGUUAACUGCGCUUCUGGCACCAAGAAAAUCCAGGACUGCAAAACCACUUGUGGAGGAAAUAGGUGCUUCUGAGGGAGGAGUAGAAGAUGAUGACGAAGACUUUGAUUGGGAAAUUGAACAGUCCCCCUAUGAAGAGGUAUCAGAAAGUGCUCUGAACCUGCAGAGCCGCUAUGGAUUUGGAGGCCUACGAUCAGGAGUAUUUCAGCGAUUACAGGAAGAAUUCAGUGAAAUCAUUGAUAUUAAGGAUCCAGAUUUUACUCCUGCAGCUGCACGAAGGCAGAAACGCCUGGCUGCUGAGCUGGCCAAAUUUGAUCCUGAUCAUUAUCUAGCCGACUUUUUUGAAGAUGAGACAGUUGAACAGGUUUUGAAGUAUAAUCCUUGGUGGACUGAUACACAUUCAAAAAUGAUGACCUUUAUGGGAAAGAGUCAGGAGCAAGAAAAUCAUGCUGCAUUAGUAUCUUUUUCUGAAGAAGAGAAAUAUCAGCUGCGAAAAUUUGUCCAUAAAUCUUACCUGCUGGACAAGAGAGCCCGCAGUGAAGUGUACUACAGCCUGAUUGAUAUCCUUCUGGCGUAUUGCUAUGAAACUCGUGUCAGUGAAGGAGACAAGAACGUUGAAUCUGCAUGGAAUAUCAGAAAACUGAGUCCAACACUGUGCUGGUUUGAGACUUGGACUAAUGUUCGUGAAGUCCUCGUGUCUUUUGGAAGAAGAGUUUUGUGCUACCCACUUUACCGCCAUUUCAAGCUGGUGGUGGAAGCCUGCAGAGACACUAUAAAGAUCCUGCAACUAGGUAAAAGUGCAGUUUUAAAGUGUCUACUGGAUAUUCACAAAAUUUUUCAGGAAAGCGACCCAGCUUACAUCUUAAAUGAUCUCUACAUCUCAGACUACUGUGUGUGGAUUCAGAAAGCCAAGUCCAAAAAGUUGGCAACUCUUGCAGAAGCCUUGAAAGAAGUAUCCCUGACGAAGGCCCAGCUGGGAUUAGAAGUGGAAGAGCUGGAAGCAGCAGCUCUUCUCGUUCAGGAGGAAGAAGCUGCAUUGAAAGCAAUCCAUUCCGUUCCCAGGCAGCGGAUACCUUCCUCCAGCUCUGAGGCAAGUGGUUCACAGGAGUCGGACAGCAGCACAUCACCUGAGACUGCAGACUCAGGCUCAGAGGCUGAGGAGCUCAAAGACAGUGAAUCUGAGAGAGUCAGUUCCUUGCAAGGUCCCUGCCUUGACGAAAGCAGUGCCCUGUUCAUUGAUGGCGGAGGGCUGUGCAGAAGUUCAGCUAUCCUGAGGGCUAGCGUUGGUCAGGGAGAGCCACUGCCCUCUUCCCGGGCUCCUGGAGCAGCUAGGCCUCUGAUAGAGGAGCUCGGAGGACAACUGAAGACUACCCUUCAGAUUUCCAGACCCGAGGGCUCCGCUGCUGGGAGCCACAGCAGCGCCCAGAGCAGAGACGACUGCCAGGCUCCAAAUGAUGGACUCUGAGUGGUGUUAUUCAUUGUUGAGAAUUAUGUUAGAUUUGGUUUUAUUUACUGACUGAGAAUUCUUCAUUUUUACUUUGUACUUAGUGUAUACAACAUUGUUUUUCAGUGAGCUAAUGUUGAUAACUUUUAGUUUUCUUCCUGCAACUUUAAAAAUAAAGUUCUAAAGUACUUUUA